UCCUGUAAAGUGUGACUUUUAGAAUAAUCGGGUUCACAGUAGUAGUAAAUUUUUUUUCGUAGUAAUUAACCCCCCUCCCUUCUUUCAAAACGUAAUUAUUUUAUAUUUAUUUCUUUUUCUCUUCUUUAUUGUAAUUUGUGUUUGCCAAUUAGUUUAUUUUAUUUUUUUUUACAUUAAAGAAAACGAAAAAAAAAGCUGACCUUUGUUUAUUAAUUGAAUCAUUUCUUCCUUCUUCCUUUUUACAUCUAUAUUUUUUUUAUUACUUUCCCCAUGUCUAUUGACAUUAAUGAUAAAAGUGCUUCUAUAAUUGAUGGUGACACUAGCAUGACUGAUGUAGUUUUAGAUAAUUCAAUAAAUGAGCAAGAUUUAGAAAAGCUUAAGUUUGGAAUUAAUUCUAAUAUAGAAUUACAACAUUAUAUGACUGCUAUUACUAAAUGUUCAUUUGAUAAUUUAAACUAUUUUACGCCUUUAUUAAAUACAACAAAUACUGAUAUUUUAAAUAGUAUUGGGAAAUCAAAUGAAUUUGGUAGACUAUUACAACAAACUCUAGUACAAGCCUCUAAUAAUUGGAAUCAAGAUUUAAUCAAAUUAAUCUUAAAGGUCCUAGGAAAUAUUCCAUUUGAUCUUCAAGUGUUACUUAAAAAUACACUGGGAAUUGCAGUAAAGGAUAUAAAGAAUAUGGCAAAUGAAAGAAAUGAUUUGGAAAUACAUAAUACUGCGAUAUCAUUGAUGGAUAAAUGGAAAGAAUUAAAGAAGACGAAUACUACCAACUUGAAUAUGAACGGGAAACGUGAUAAAUUGUCUACUACUGAAGAAAAUAAUGAGUUACCACCAGCUAAAAAAGCAAUUAAAUUAGCUAUUCAAAAGGAACCACCUUCUAAACCAAAAGCAAUUAUAAAUUCAAAUUUCUUUUCAUCCUUGAUAGAACCUAAAAAAUUGACUUCUACUACUGCAUCUUCUUCUACUAAUACUACUACUACUACUACUUCCACUACUUCCACUAUCACUUCCACUAUCACUCCUACUCCACGUCCUAUUUAUUCUGUUGAUCGAAUACUUGAAACUAUUUCUAAAAAUGAUAAAAGUAAUGAAGUAAACACAGAUGUUGACAUGAUAAGUUCUACUACUCCAAUCACUACUAAUACUAAGCCUAAAAAAAGAGUUCAAUUUAAAGAUGAUCUUGUUGAGAUUAGAGAAUUUACAAGUUAUCCUGGUGAACGUACACGAUUUUUUGGUCAAGAAGAAGAAGAAGAAUUUUAUAGUAAAGAACAACAACAAACUCCUCCUCCCUUUUCUUUUAUGCAGAUUGAAUGGUAUUCACCUUUUGAACUCAUAUUGAAUACUGAAAAGAAUUCAAGACUUAUUAUAUCAAAAGAAAUUCAUACGGAAGAAGCAAAUAAACAAGAAAAUCGUGAAAAGACUGAAUUAGCAGCAGUUUAUACAAGCUUACAGCAUAUUCCACCUUCACCUACUGAACCUGAUGAAAUACCUGAUCCUAAUCCAGAUUCUGCAGUCACCACGAUUCCAUUAAAGGAUAUUAGUAAAACGACUGAUUCAACCCGUAUUCAUUCUACAGCAACAGCUUUUAGUCAACCUAUGACUAUUCCUACUCAUACAAUACCUAUAUCAUCGUAUCAUCAUAAUCAAUUUCAACUUUCUUCUUCUUCUGCUGCUGCUGCUGUUAUUCAACAAAAUCCUGUCAACAGUCCUCCUCUUCAACAACCUGAUCUAUCUUCAGGGACAAUAGAAGCUUGGAUCAAAAAUAAUCCAGGAAUUUUAGAAACUUUGAAGCAAAUUUCAUUUUUAGCAGAUGGAGCUAAUAUUGCUAUACCACCAGAACAAACUCCAAUGAAUAAUUAUCAACAGCCUUCUCUUACUUAUCAAUCACCAGCGCCUUCUACUACUACUAUUCAAAAUGUAUGUAAAUGAGGAUAUAGUAGGAUAAAUAAUUAUAUACAAUCAUAAUAUUAUAUAAUACACAUACACACAUAAUAAUAAAAUAUUAUUGAGGGUAGGGUUAGGGUAAGCUCAUCAUUUUUUUUUUUUUUAUUAUUUAUUUAUUUAGGGCUGGAAUCCAUCCAUUAAAAUGACACCUACUAUUCAAAAUGUAAAGUAUAAACACUCAUUUAUAUGCAAAAGAUCUAAUAAAAUGUAUACGUUUUUUUUUCUUUUCUUUUAGGGUUGGAAUAAUCGUGCUAGUCCAAUACCAUCUUCUAUAUCCAAUACCGUUCAAAAUGUAAAAUACAUAUUUAUUAAAAUUGACUUUUAUCCCGUAGCCUUUAAAAAUAAAUUAACCUUUC